CCCGCAACACUCUAUCUAAGUACCUAGGUCAAUACGUCUCGUAUCAGUAUUGAUUGGCUGUAUGAAGCGAUGGUCUUUCAGCUUCUGCUGAUAAAUCUUGCUUCAUCUGUGUCUCCUUGUAUGGCACUAAUCUGCACCAACCAAAGUGUUACAGAUGUGUCUACGGCCGUUAGAUCUUUUCGUUCUCCCUAGUAUUCAUUCAUUACCAGAAGGUUGACUGCGUUCGAAGAUCCUCGAGGGGAAACGGCUUUGACGCAUCCAGCAUUUCCCUAUAGCCCACCCUACCAACCUUUCCCACCACUUCGCCAAUCGACGCGCUUUACAACUUGAGCAAACGCUACGGCACAUAUCGUCCCAGCAUGUUCACCACUGCAAAGGGAUUCACUCGACGAGCACGGAUCUUACUUUGGCGCCUAUUCACCAAUAUUCUGUCAGCUCAUCGACUUGUCCUCCGCCUCCUUCGACGCGACCCUGCCGUUGUAGAGCAGCAUGAUACACCAGAAGUGACGCUCUUGCACCCCCAGAUGGCCUGCUUCAUGCCAGCUCACGGGAAUGUUCUAGGCCUUUCGCCCAAAUCCUCCUCCUUGUAUCCGAUACAGACCCAUUCCAGGCUCAUGGGAACGGAAGUUACACCCCCAUUGGCCCGACCACGUUUUCAGAAUGCCUCAACAGCCAGAGGAAGGAGACAUAUACUACGUUACAAAGGGCGACUGUGUCCGCAUGGGAAGGACAGCCUUUGUCGAAUUAUUGCCAUCAGGUCACGUCUCCAAAACUCCUAAAUUGAAUCCCUAUUGUCCUGAGAAGGAGAAGGAAAAUCGGCAGUGUAUGGAGCGCGAGGCCUUGAUUUAUCACAUGGUGGGGGCUAGUUCUUUUAUCCCGGAGCUAAUUGCUUGGGACCCUGCUUCUUGUACCCUGACAUUGAGGAAUUACCCCAAUGGAGACCUGGAGAUGUAUAUCCGGAAGCCAGACUACAAAUGCAGGGUCAGUCUCGAUGUACGACUAAGGUGGGUGUUACACGCAGCUGAAUCUCUUGCCGUCGUCCACGCCAUUGGGGUGACGCACAAUGAUAUCGCACCCCGCAACUUCCUGCUCGAUGAGGAUCUGAACUUGUGGAUCUGUGAUUUCGCUGGAAGCUCGCUUCCGAACGGCUCGUCUUCCGGUUGUGCUCCUGGACCAAGGUACGAACCCCGACCGUGGAGCCGAGAUUAUGUGGCUACUCGAGCAGAUGAUAUUUUUGCACUUGGCUCGGUCAUGUAUUUCAUUAUGACUGGUGAGGAGCCCUACAGCAACCUAGAUGACGAGGAGGUCGAGCGUCGCUUCCAAAACCGAGACUUUCCAGCAUCGAGUCAUCUAUGCUGCGGUACCGUCAUUCAAAAUUGCUGGCUCGGGCAUUUCGUAGCUGCGAAGCAGGUUGUGCAGGCUCUGGUCUGCGAAGUCUGACAAGAGUGUCACGGCAAUCACGAGUUUGAGAUUUCCCCAGUUUUUUAAAG